AUGGAGGAUCACCUGUUGAAGAUCCCCAUGAUGCCGUCCUCUUCCCCCAGUGAGUCUUCUGGGAGCGGCGGGGCGGACGACAGCAGAGGAGCCAAGAGUCCAUCGCCGGGCAAAGCUCUGAGCCCGGCUCUGGUCUGCAAAGUGUGCGGAGACACCAGCAGUGGGAAACACUACGGCAUCUACGCCUGCAACGGCUGCAGCGGCUUCUUCAAACGCAGCGUGAGGAGGAGGCUCAUCUACAGGUGCCAGGCCGGUACGGGUAUGUGUCCAGUGGACAAAGCUCAUCGCAACCAGUGCCAGGCGUGUCGGCUGAAGAAGUGCCUGCAGGCGGGCAUGAACAAGGAUGCAGUACAGAACGAGCGGCAGCCCCGCAGCACAGCUCAGGUUCGCCUGGACUCCAUCGACGUGGACCCGGACAAGGAGCACCUGGCCACCACGCGGGAGCCCACCUCCUCUUCCUCAUCCUCUUCUUCCACCUCCUCUUCCUCCUCCUCCUCCUCCUCCUCCUCCUCAGUCAUCACGUGGCCCCACAUCACCUCCUCCAUGUCCAUCACCUCCUCUGCGGCCCCCCAGCGCUGCAUCAGUCCCCAGAACAACCACCGCUUCAUGGCCAGCCUCAUGACGGCAGAGACCUGCGCCAAGCUGGAGCCCGAAGACGUUGACGAGAACAUCGACGUGACGAGCAACGAGCCGGAGCGAGCGUCGUCGGAGUACCACAUGGCCCUGUACCCGUCCAGCUCCGAAAACGUGUACGAGACCUCGGCGAGGCUGCUCUUCAUGUCGGUGAAGUGGGCCAAGAACCUGCCGGUGUUUUCCAACCUGCCCUUCAGAGACCAGGUGAUCCUGCUGGAGGAGGCGUGGAGCGAGCUCUUCCUGCUCUGUGCCAUCCAGUGGUCUCUUCCUCUGGAGAGCUGCCCGCUGCUCUCCCUGCCCGACCUCUGCCCCGGCAUGCAGGGAAAGACCAGCUACACCAGCCUGGACCUGCGCCUCCUGCAGGAGGUCUUCAGCCGCUUCAAGGCCCUCGCCGUCGAUCCCACUGAGUUCGCCUGCCUCAAGGCCAUCGUGCUCUUCAAGCCAGAGACUCGUGGUUUGAAAGAUCCAGAACAAGUGGAGAACCUGCAGGAUCAGUCUCACGUGAUGCUGGGACAGCACAUCCGCUCACACUUCCCCAGUCAACCAGCCAGAUUUGGAAAGCUGCUUCUUCUUCUUCCCUCUCUGCGUUUUGUGAAUUCGGAGCGUAUAGAGCUGCUGUUCUUCCACAGAACCAUCGGGAACACUCCCAUGGAAAAGCUGUUGUGUGACAUGUUCAAAAACUAA